AUGACUGAGCAGGGAGUGCUGUCCGAAGACGAGGGCGUCUCGGCCAUCUACAUCAAGAAGCUCUCCCACACCAUCCGCGACGGCGAUCCCAUCAGGGCGGUUAAUCGCUCGAUCUGCGUGGCCACAGACGGCAAGACGGCUGGCUUCACGCUGCCCAACCCGGAAAGCCAUGAGAAGUUAAUGAGGGGGGCAUCACUUGUCCAGUAUCCAUGACUUGCUGAUAUUCCUCAGUUCAUUGGAAAGAAGCCAAACUCACUGUGCCCACUAAGUCCAUGCCAUGGCACGAGGUUCGCCUAGAGCGGGUUGCCGUCAAACAGCUUCGGCAUCGGCGGCGCCAACGCGCACGUCAUCCUCGAGUCAGCGGCGUCUUGCGGCGCUGACAGAGAGGUCGACAGAGCUGCAACGGAGACAGAGGGUUACCCGAGCAAGCAUCUUCUGCUCUUCUCGGCAAAGCACUCAAAGUCCCUGGAGGCGUCAGCACAAAAGCACGAGGGAUACCUAUCUUACCCUGCACCCUGACUCACUUCCCGACCUGGCAUACGCUCUCAACACGAAGCGUGAAGUGCACCCGUUCCACACCUUUGCGUUACAGAUGAUUUGGGCUCGUUCGAGCUGCCUCGCGUUGCCAAGCCAGCCUCUGAAGCGUCGCCCAAUCUGGUAUUCGUGUUUACCGGGCAGGGUGCGCAGUGGGCGAGGAUGGAUCGUGAGCUUAUCGUCAGCGAGGGAGUGUUCCAAAGAACGAUUGAUGCACUUGACGUUGUGCUGAGGGAGUUGCCGAAUGAUCCGAGGUGGAUUUGGGGAGGUACAUG